UUAAUAAGGUGUAUUAAACAGGACAGUUUUUGUAUAAUUUGUAUAAUUACAUGUUUCUGUGUAUGUCUGUAUCAUGACCUAUCUAAAUGUUUUUACAGUCAUUAUUACAUAAAUUCGUAACUCAAUCUUAACUGUUUAAAUAUAUUUAAAUUAUUUUAAUGACAUUAGAUUUGCUGACAGGCAAAUACAUAAUGCCCAUUCUCCUCAAGAUACUAGUCUCUCUGCAGUGUUGCAUACUUUAGACAAUAUUAAAAUUCUGAAGGGCUCUGAAGUGUUUCUGAUAAAGAGAGUCUACUUACUUUGGUACUGUGUAAUGCAAGCCGGUAGUAUUCCUGGCCAUAUACCAUUAAGCUAAUUCUCUUCUGUUUCAUUAGAAUAGGUAUUUCUUCUACCCUUAAUACUAAGUAGAAUUUUCACAUUUUGAAAUAUAAAUACUACAAUGCACAGAGAUUUUUCUUUUUUCCCUGGGCUGCAACAGAUUAUCCAUUGAAAGGAUCUUUUGCUUAACUGCCCAGGGUCUUGUGGGGCCAGCCAGACACUACUCCAGAUGGCAAGUUGUUAGGGCUGGACAGACUGGCUUUGGAAGACUUCUCAACAGCUGAAGGCUGUGAUGUUCGGAUUUUACUGGUUUGGUUUUUUUUUCCCCCUGUAGUUCCCAGGGUGGGAAGGUACUGAGAUGGAAGCAGAGUGCCGCCCGCCCACCUGCUACCACCUGUUUAGCUUUUGCAGUUUCUAUAAAGCCGCAUCUUGUCUGUAAGACACAAUCAUUGCUUGCCAGCAGGAGUCAAGAAAGGAGAGAUUUCUGUUACGAAGUUACGUCUUCAGAUCGCAACAGUUCAUCAUUUUGUAAUACUCUUCUAAACUGAAUCAGGACUUCUUUCAUUUCAAAUGGUCAUUUGGAAUUGAAAUGUCUUUAAUCUGUUAAGAUCCUUUUUGGAUUAAAUGGACCAUUUUCUUCAGUAACAUACAUUUUGAGAAUGGACAUUUCAUUGUUUUCUAUCUCUGUGAGUUUAAAGAAAUUAAAAGAAUGAAAGCGCAAGACAUUAAAAACUCUUUAUUCUUUAUUUAAACAAUAAGAAGAAAUUUUCAGACAUUUUCAGAAGAACCAGAAGACCUUUUAUUUAUCUUUUUUAUUACUAGAUGCUAAGAAAAAUAUCAUAUCAUUGGCAUCUGGAAACCGAUUCAAGAGGUAUGCAGGCUACACACAUGAGUGCUUUCCCGACCACUUUUUAGAUACCCAGUUUUUAAAAAGUAAUCUUUGUGUCUGUGAAACUGAAGCUGCAUUGAAUAUGAAAACCUGUAAAUCCAGUCAUUUGGAUUCAGGCAUGGAGUCAGACAUCCAGUGCAGAAGUGGACCAGGCUGUGUUGUGAAGUGCAGUUCAGAAAGGAUGGAAAGUGCUGCAAAGAGAAGACUGGCUGCCAAUGCCAGGGAGAGAAGACGGAUGCAAGGGCUGAACACAGCCUUUGAUCGUUUGAGAAAGGUGGUUCCACAGUGGGGUCAAGAUAAGAAGCUCUCCAAGUAUGAGACCCUUCAGAUGGCUUUGAGUUAUAUCAUGGCUCUCACUAGAAUCCUUGCUGAAGCAGAACGAUACAGUACUGAAAGAGAAUGGAUUAGCCUUCACUGUGAACACUUUCAUCCAGAGAGCUACCACCAUUACACGGGACCAAAAAUGGCAACAGACAGUGAUCCAUAUGCACAGCGAAUAUUUGGUUAUCACCCUUAACACUUUCAAAUAGCUAAUUAGAACUUUUUUUGAACUAAGAACAUACAGCAGGGCAGAUGUGUAAUUUAAUAAUUAGCAAGAGUUAAUCUGCUUGAAUAAGGUAAUACUGGCAUUAUAGUAGCUUAUUCUUGUUUGCAUCUUAUACUAAUUUGACAAUAAAUUUGUUUGAGAACUUUAAAUCAAAAUGCAUUUAAAGAAGAUUGAAUUUAUUUAAUCCUGGUGGAAAGCAUACUUUUAAUUUGAAAUCCUUUUGAUGGUUGUUUUCUAGUUCCUCUAGUUCAUUUAAUUAUUUUAUUUAGUAAAUUUUUGGUGGAUUUUUUUUUUUUUCUACUGUGGUGAAUCAUGACAGUAUUUUCUACAAAUCAUGGGCUGGAUUGGCCCGUGGUGUAAUGGAAUGGAAUAACAUCGGAAAUUAACUUCAUUACAUGUUUUUAUUUUCCUGUCAGCUUUCCUGUCAGUUACUCUUUGGUUUGUUUUCACAUAAAUGGCUCCCAUGAGAAAAAUUUGAUGAUGUAUUGGGGUUCUAGUCCUCAGAGAACUAACCUUCUUAAACUUUGUAAGUUUGACAUAUGGGUUCCAAGUUUGUGUAGAUUUGCUUUAAUCUAAUUAAUGGUGUCUCUUGUAUGCUCAAAAAAGAGCUAUUUGCAAGUCAUAGAAGGGAUGUUUUUGUUUUCAGUGGCUGUAAAAGCCCAUGUUAUUAUAUACCAUAAAUGAGAAUGCUCAUGUGAAAAUAACCUAAACCUCUAGAUUUUUGUAGACUUUAAAUGUUUGGAUUUUGUUUUCUAAUUUUAUGUUAUCUAGUAAUGGUAACAGAGUUUGUAAGUCAUAAAUAAAGUGUUUUCUAUGCUA